AUGCGUCGCGCUGCUGUUCAGGCCUUCCGCACUGCCCGCUGUAGUCCGGUAUGGAAAGCUGGCGGUAGAAGAGCCUCUCGCGCCUACUUCUCCAGCGGACAGGCUCUCGCUCUUCGGCCAUCCUUCACCAGGCGACAGAAUUCGUUCAUACCAGCCUCGCUGCAUUCGUCCAUGCACGUACGAAACUUCUCGCUCGCUUUCAUUUCAACCCUUGUUGCUUCUGGAGCAUGGUACGCGUAUAAAGGUACUCAACAGUCGUCAAUUCUCAACGGCACCGCCAACUUCCAGUCACGAGGAAUCGCUGAUACCACAUCUGCUGGCAUAGACGUCGAGUCUGCAGCUCCCGCUCGUCGUGCUUUACUAGUCGAGAAUGACCAAUUCUACACCGCUGCCCUGUCUGGUGAUCAACCUCUCGCAAAACAGACCGACGAUUCAGAUAGAAGAGUUCUCGAGAUGUUGACACCUGAACAAGUGACUCAAACGUUGCGCAAGAACGAGGAGUCUUAUAUUGUUAGUAGAGGGCAGGGAGUGGUUCGAUACGAUGUUGUGCAGGUCCCAAGUAAUUCGCCUAUCGAGGAUGAUCACGCCGAGAAAAUUGUCGAGGUACCUCAAGCUGUGACAGGCACACAAGAUGGAUCGAACAGUGACUGGAUGUUUUGGGGCGUUUUUGAUGGACACUCCGGUUGGACUACCUCUGCCAAGCUGCGCAAUGUUUUGAUUUCCUACGUCGCUCGUGAACUGAAUACUACAUACAAAGCUGUCUCUACAGAUCCUUCAGUCGGAAUGCCUUCGCCAGAGGCCGUCGAUGAAGCAAUUAAACGUGGGUUUGUUCGCUUGGACAAUGAUAUUGUAUACGAAAGUGUGGACAGGGUCAUGAAAUCCAAUUCACGACGUGCUGCCGCCGAGAUCUUGGCGCCUGCAUUAUCAGGGUCCUGUGCGCUUCUCGCUUUCUAUGACUCGAGCUCGAAAGAUUUACGGAUUGCUUGCGCUGGAGAUUCUCGAGCUGUGUUGGGUAGCCGAGGACCGAGAGGGAAGUGGGUUGCGACAGCUUUAUCUGAAGAUCAGACUGGAGGAACACCUUCCGAAAUCAGACGCCUUCAAACAGAGCACCCUGGCGAACCACACGUAGUACGGAACGGAAGAAUUCUCGGCCAACUCGAACCCAGCCGGUCUUUCGGAGACGCUUUCUACAAGUGGACAAAGGAAACACAAGAAAAGAUCAAGAGUCGUUUUUUCGGACGUACACCACACCCGAUGCUCAAGACGCCGCCUUAUGUUACCGCCGAGCCCAUAAUAACUAGGACAAAAAUCAACCCUCAACAAGGGGAUUUUGUUGUCCUGGCAACUGAUGGUUUGUGGGAAAUGCUAAGCAACGAAGAAGUAGUCGGUCUUGUCGGUCAGUGGAUAGAAAAUCAAAAAUCUGGGACUUCGGAUGGAAACCGUGCCUGGUUACAGAGUUGGUUUUCAUCCGAAGCCAAGCAGUUACCUGUUGAGAAAAGUACUGAGCCGAAAGGCGAGGGCCAACGGCCGCCGAUCCGCCAGCAACAGUACGAUAUACCGGGGGCUGCUCAGCGUUUUGUUGUUGAAGAUAAGAACGCCGCUACUCAUUUAGUGCGAAAUGCAAUGGGAGGAAAAGACAAAGACAUGGUUUCUGCUCUGCUAACCUUGCCUAGUCCGUACUCCAGACGAUACCGCGAUGAUAUCACUGUCGAGGUCAUUUUCUUCGGCGAAAGCGUCGAUGACCGUAGUGUUGCAGUUAAUAAGGAAGCCAGUGCAUCAACAGAGCCCGCCAAACCGAAGUUAUAA